GAAUCGACUCGUAACUUUGCCUGGCACUUACCUGUCGAUUCGGCCACUAGUCUCGAAGAACUGGUUAAGUAGAAGAUAGCAGGAUGGUCGGCCAUACACUUUGCGGUGGACGGACGAAAUCAUGUAGCGCUUGACAUGCUGGUCAACGAUCCCCGACUCAACGUCAACUCAAUGGACCGCGCAGGGUAUACAGCAUUGGAAUAUGCAGCUUUGAGUGGCUUCAUUCCGGAGUUACGGCUACUCCUUAAUCAUAAUGCUGAUGCCAACACACAAGACGAUCAGGGAGGGCGACCCAUCCAACGAGCCAUCGACUACGGUGAAACUGAAGCAGUCAAGCUUCUUCUCGAGCACAACGUUCAGUACGACUUCCGAGAUCUAUUUGGACGUACAAUCAUCCACGCCGCUGCUUGCAACAACCAGUUCAGGACACUCCGCGUAAUUCUCGAGAGAUGCAAGGGCCUUGACAUCAAUGCCCAAGGGUCUAGAUCAGGAGAAACAGCACUCCACGAUGCCGCGCGUUCAGGUUUCGUUAGGACUGUACAAGUUCUCCUUGAGUAUGGAGCUCUUACCACUAUCGAAAACUAUGCCGGCCGAACACCAGCGAAAUCCGCCAAAGAUGCUGGGAAAAAAGCAGUUCUCGAACUGCUGCAAGUGGCUCGGAAGAAGGAAGAAGACGAGGGUCGCAUUCGACCGGUCCACAAAGCCGACACCUUCUCAAUAAACAGCGAGAUACCCCUCUGGAUGGCCGUCCAACAACAUAGCAGCGACAAUCUUCGCGAGCGAAUCGCCCGCACCUCAGUCGCCGAGAUCAACCAGAUCAGCCCGGACUCGGGCGACACAGCGCUGCACCUUGCCGUCACCAAGAACCGGCCAGACGUGGUGGGCAUGCUGCUCGACGCCGGCGCCGACCCAGACAUCCUCGACACGUUCGACCGCACUGCGCUGAUCCUUGGCUGCCAGAACGGCAACAUCGCGGCUGUGCGCCGGCUCGUCGAGCACGGCGCUGACCUCAACAUCGCCAUCUUCCGCGACGAGCCGGCGUGGGAGAUCGCGUUCAAGGCGAACUGGAUCAGCAUCACGACGUACCUCCUCGCGCAGCCGUCCUGCGAGAUCAAGUCGAAUACGAGCACGCUGUUCACUUGCCUCGCGUGGGCUGCGUAUGCGGGGGAUCUGGGGGCGGCGAGGCGGCUGGUGGAGGCGGGCGCGCCGGUGCAUUUGAAGAAUUCGGAGGGCAAGACUGUCAGUCAGAUUGCGAAGGAGUAUGAGCAUGAGGAUUUGGAACGGUAUCUUGUUGUGGAGGCCGAUAGGCAAAGAUCGUUGCCAUCGCCGCCGCCGCCGCUGGCUGUUCAACCGCCGCUAGCUGUGCGGAAGGAGGAUGUGAAGGCUGAGCUGGAUGUUGAAGCCAAAACAGUACCGCAGAUCAAAGCGGAAAUGCUCUCUGAGAAGAAACUUGUGCAUGAGACAACAGCAGUCGACCGUUUUCCAGAAGGUGCUAAACAAAGCGGUGGAGGCGGAGGUCUUGAAACAACGCAACUCGAAAUUCAGAGACGGAAUGAGCGCAUCAACACGGACCUUGCGAAUAAUCCGAUCAUUUUGGGUAUACUGGGGUUGGUCCUCCUGGUCACUUUGUACAAAGUUUGGCUUGGAUGAAUGAGUUCUAUUUUGUCGCAGUUUAUCGCCAUUCAGCAUGCCGAGGCAGCUGGACCGCAGCGCCGGGCGCAAAAUACCGGUACGGGGUCUUUCUAUGUCGGAGUAUUUGAGUGUAUAUCUAGCAUAUUUAGCACCUACAAAUCAUAUAAGGUUCUUUCUACUUGAAGAUUUCAAACACGGAGUAGACCAGAAAGGAGGAAUUGGA